AGAGCGCCAAGGUUAAUGAUACGGAAAUUACAUAACAGAAUUCGUGUCGUAUUUCCCAACGGUAGAGAUGGUACGCAGUGGGACUUGAGGUCCCAAAAUAUUCGUAGACGGCUGAUAUUGACUGAGGCACUUAACAGGGGCUAUAAGACCAGUUUCCAAGCUAUGGAUGGCAACCCAGUUGGGUCGUGGAGUGGGCAUGAAUAUGACGACAUCUUCAACCAUGUGAAGUCAUGUGGUCGAUAUCAGAUACUUUUGUUUGGCCUCAUUAAUCUCCAGGUAUUUCCCAUCGCAAGUCAGUUUGCUGCGCUUGUUUUCGYAACAGGAAGUCCCGRGUUUCAUUGUGUGACAGACAAUGUCACCUGUGCUGCUAAACAGUGCUGUGACGAAUGUACAUCGUACGUAUUUGAUGGACCUUUUACAAGCACAGUCUCUGAGUGGAACCUUAUAUGUGACCGCGCUUACCUGGGAGCUACUAUCAAUUCCUGCUAUUUUGCUGGAAUGCUGAUUGGUUCAUUUGUGACCGGUAUGCUGUCGGACGCCUGGGGACGAAAAAAGUGCUUGUUCUUCUGUAAUGCUAUAAUGCUUGCUGCAGGCAUUGGUUCGGCACUUGUGGACUGCGUUUCAUUCUUUGCUUUUCUCCGCUUUGUGGUUGGUUUCGGUCUUGUUGGCUGCAUGCUGUCACUCUACAUUUAUGGGAUGGAGUUGGUAGGACCACAACACCGAACAGCAGCCGGGAACGUGACGUACAUUUACUACAAUGGAUUAGCAAUGCUUGUCGCCAUUUUCUCCUACCUUAAUUCAUCAUGGAGGAUUUUGUUGAUUAUCAUAACAGCCCCAGCAGUGCUUCUGUUCUUUUUCUGGAAAUGGAUACCAGAAUCGCCACGAUGGCUGGUGGCUCACGGUCGAGUUGAUGAAGCUGUAACUGCAAUACAAAAGUAUGGAGCCAAAGAUGGUGGUCCUGUCGAUGUAGAGAAUUUGAAAAGAUUUCUUCAGCAAGUCAGAUGCGAACAGACAAAAUCACACGAAGAACAAAAGAAGUACACGCCGAUUGAUCUUCUCCGAACUCCUAAGAUAAGGAAAUGGUCAUUAAUCCUUGGUUAUCAGUGGUUUACCGUUGCUCUAGCAACUUUUGGUAUUUUGCUUUUUUUCUCACAACUUUCUGGAGACAUCUACUUGAACUAUAUCAUAAUAAAGGUCGCUACUUCGUUACGUGUGCCACUCACCUGGAUCGUGUAUCUUAAGUUUGGUAGACGAGUUCCCUAUGCAAUCAUCAUCGUUAUGGGCGGCGUUUCUCUCCUGCUUGUUUUGGCUGUCUAUAAAGAUGUUCCCUUGGCAACUACCGCCUUGUCACUGUUUGGUUUCAUCAUGAUUGACUGCAAUUGGACAGGUGUUUAUUUGAUGACCGCUGAGUUGUUUCCCACAAUUCUCAGGAACACAGCACAAGGAACUGGUUCAACAUGUGCUCGUAUUGGAGGGAUGAUCGCACCGUAUAUCGCGAUGAUGGGUCAGUUACCAGGMCUUAGCAUUGCCUUUCCGUCCGCCAUAUUUGGUUGUGCCGCAGUGUUAGCUGGGAUACUAAUGUACUGGAUUCCUGAGACACUGUACUCACCAAUGCACCAGACCAUCAAACAAACCGAAGCAGCUGAAGAGGACUUUGGGAUACCUUGUUGUGGGAAGAACCCAAAGCCUCACCAAGAUGUAGAAAUGAACGCGGCAGAGAAAAAUCUUCUUUAAUAUCAGAGAAUCAAGGCAUUGCGUUAGUUUCCUAGUUCAAGGUUGUGUCCUUUGGGGAUCUUUUUAAAAAGAAAUGAAAUAAAAUAUCACUGAUUAU